UAAGCCGAGCGACGCGUCCCACCUGGGUACACAUCGACCAUGCAUAAGCGGCUCCCGCUCGCAUCUUCCCUCCGUUAGCAGGCUGUAGUCGACGACUCUAUUUUUUACAUCAGAAAAGGCUGCGUCGCUCGAGUAUCUCCCAGCAUGUCGCCCAUUCAGCGGACAAGCGCGCUCACGCGCUCCUUGACACGCUCGCUCGCGACUCUCAACCAUGCCCCGCCGGCGGGGAAGAGGUGAGCACUCAGUAGAGGGCAAUGGACUGUGACUGAUUUGAUACAGCCCAACAGCGAUCGUCAUGCUGAACAUGGGAGGGCCCUCUACGCUCCCUGAGACUUAUGACUUCCUCAAAAAUCUCUUCUCCGACGGAGACCUCAUCCCGCUCCCCUUCCAGUCUGUCCUCGCCCCUAUAAUCGCGCGGCGGCGGACGCCACAAAUCGAGCAGCAAUACGCCGACAUAGGCGGCGGCUCACCCAUCCUCAAGUACACGAACAUCCAGGGUGAACGCAUGGCCGCCCUGCUCGACGAGCUCCACCCUGCGACCGCGCCCCACAAGCACUACGUUGCGUUCCGGUACGUGCAACCCCUGACGGACGAGACCGCGCGGCAGAUGAAGGCGGACGGCGUGAAGCGCGCUGUUGCGUUCACGCAGUACCCGCAGUAUAGCUGCAGCACGACGGGGAGCAGUUUGAACGAGCUCUAUCGGCGGGGGAAGGCGGGCGAGGCGGGGGACGUACAGUGGAGUGUCAUUGACCGCUGGGGCACGCACCCGGGUUUUAUCGAGGCGGUUGCGCAGAACGUCGAACGGGCGCUGGCGAAGUUUCCUGAGGAGACGCGCUCGGAUGUCGUGCUGCUCUUCUCUGCUCACUCACUUCCCAUGUCGGUCGUCAACCGCGGGGACCCCUAUGUCCCCGAGGUGUCUGCCUCCGUCUCAGCGGUGAUGGACCGGCUCGGGCAUUCCAACCCGUAUAGGCUCGUCUGGCAGUCGCAGGUCGGACCCUCCGCGUGGAUGGGCAUGCAGACAAACGACGCGCUCAAGGGGCUUGCCCGACUGGGGCGCAAGAGGGCCAUUCUUAUCCCGAUCGCGUUUACGAGCGACCACAUUGAGACGCUGUACGAGCUCGAUCUCGAGUACGCGCGCGAGGCGCAGGAGCACGGCAUGGAGGUAGUCCGCGCCGAGUCCCUUAACGAGUCGCCCGUGUUCAUUCGCGCGCUUGCGGACCUGGCCGCAACACACCUGCGGGACGUCAGCGCGGGCAAGACAGGGCCGACGAGCGUGCAGAUGGGCCUCCGGUGUCCAGGGUGCACAAAUGCGACGUGUGGGCAGCACAAGACUUGGUUCGCGCGUGGGGGGCGCUAGCAGGCAGGCUCGCCGGCCGAGAUCGGUGUGGUAGACACGACCUUCUUGUGACAUGUAUCUCCUGUUCUGCUCUAUCGGUGAAUAUGCAACGAUCCGAUGUACCUCCUGCGCUGCGUUUUGCGCGGUGUACGUGUGGGUAUAGACGCGUCUGUGUCCGGCAAAGGGGCCUUUGUCCGACCGCGUCGCGAGAAAUGGCGGGGACAUGACCGCGUAUCGUUCGACGCAGGCGUCACGCCAGGCAUUAUCGCCCCUUCCCUGCACCGGUAUUGUCUUUGUCUCAGAUCAUCAGCCUACGAGUCAACAUAAAGCGUAGAGUGUGUAUAGAAAUGCCU